AUGCCCGUCUCGGCAUCCCUCCGACUCAACCUAGGAAAGCGAGGAAGACUCACCAUCAUCAACGUCUACUCGCCGACCUCACCAGAAGCCGAAUCCGACAAGACUAAAAGGGAAGAGAAGGAAAAGGAGCUUGACGACUUCUACCGGAAGCUCGAGGAAACGAUCCAACGGGAGAAGGCGUACUACAUCUUCGUCCUGGGUGACUUCAACGCGAAAAUGGGCAAGUACACCACUCCCUCGAUUCGUCACGGGAAGCAUGGACUCGGAGCUCGGAGCCACAACGGCGAACGCCUAGCCGAUCUUCUCAACUCCAGAAGGCUCUACCACGGCAACUCUCUCUUCGAGAAGCCUGAUCAGAGACGCUGGACCUGGAAAUCGCCCAACGGAGACACCACCAACGAGAUCGACCACAUUCUGGCCAACCGGAAAUGGUCUCUCCUCGACGUUGCCGUACUACCCAGUUUCGACGUUGGAUCCGACCAUCGACUCGUUCGCGCCAAGGUCCGUCUGAACCAGAAGUUCCUGAAGAAAGACUACCACCAGCCAUCGAGACCGAGAAGACCAACCUACGACAUCACCACGUUGGAGGAGAAUAUCUCGGAGCACGACUGGCAGCUUCUCGACGACCCGGACAGCCGACUACGAAUCCCUCUGCAAUGGCCUCAUCAGGUGUGCAGAAACUGCAGCUCGACAGACCUUGUCUCUACCGCCGCGACUCGACCAACGAGCGAAAGAUCUGCUGCGAAGAAGAGAGAAGUCAAACGAGAGACCCGCAGGCCACGCACCUAGAGCGUCUGACGAUCGACAAAGCCUGCAGAAUGGCCCGUGCAAGAGUCUCUCGCCAACCGACGCAGGAGUGCACUUCUUCAGACAGCUGAGAAACGUCGAAGCCUCAAGAAGAAGAAGUUCGAGCUCGUCGACGAGCGAACGGUGAUGACAGCACUGAAGGACGAGAACGGCCAGCUGAAGACGUCAGGAACGAGAUGGAGCGCCUGACGGUCGACUUCUACACGAAACUCUUCCGAAGCGACGUUCCCGUCCCCAGAACACCAACGCCGCCACCAGAAGAUGAACCCCCGAUCCUUCCCGAAGAAGUCAAGUACGCCAUCAGGAAGCUAAAAGGUCGGAACGGCCGCAGGACUCGACAACAUCUCAUCCGAACUGCUGAAGACUGGAGGAGACUCGCUGUACCGACUACUUGCCCGGCACUUCUCCAAGUACCUGAGCGAAGCCUCUAUUCCUGAACAAUGGAAAACGUCAAGACGAUCCUCAUUCCGAAGAAGGGCGACCUCACCGACCUGAACAACUUCAGACCGAUCUCCCUCUUAUCGGUCGUCUACAAGUUGUUCACCAAGGUCAUCGUCAACAGACUAGAGAAGCAACUCGACAACUUCCAACCGCCUUCGCAGGCUGGCUUCCGACGCAACUACUCUUGCCUUCGACCACAUCCACGCCUUCGUCGACUACAACAAGGCCUUCGACAGCGUGGAGAUCAACGCCGUUUUGAAUGCUCUUGCCUCCGCCGGAGUCGCCACGAAGUACGUCGAGCUGAUUGCCAGCAGCAACGAGGGAACGUCCACGACCAUCCAGCUGUUCGACAAGAAGCUUUUGAUCCCCAUCAGGAAAGGUGUUCGCCAGGGAGAUACCAUCUCCCCCAAGUUGUUCUGCACCCCACUAGAAGACGCGAUGCGCCAACUUGGAUGGGACGAAGAGCACGACUGGGAGGACAGUACAGACAUCAGAGGCAUCAACAUCGACGGCAAGGUCCUCACAAACCUCCGCUUCGCCGACGACAUCGUACUCUUCUCAAGCUCCACCACCGAACUGUCCUCCAUGCUGAACGAUCUGGACGAAGUCGGCAAGAAGAUCGGCCUUAAGAUGAACGUCAAGAAGACGCAGUGGAUGAAGAACCGCUUCUGCGACCAAGGCAAAAGUCACCUUUGAGGGGCCGCGACCUUCAGGAGGUCACAUCCUACAUCUACCUUGGCCGGGAAGUAAACAUGGUGAACGACCUGCAAGCAGAGAUCGGCAGACGCAAACGCGCUGGAUGGGCCGCCUUCAACUCCAUCAAAGAAGUCACGUCAGCUGAAAGACCCGAAACUGCGAGCUCACAUCUUCGAAGCGUCGAUAAUCCCUGCCAUCCCCUACGGUACCGAAGUUUGGCCUGACACGAAAAAAAAUGCAACCGCCCUACGAACUUCCUACCGCGCACUGGAACGUGCUCUCAUCGACACCACUCGCUUCGAGCAGUGGAAAAAAGAACAAAGGAGCACAGACCUCUGUCAACUAUCCCAAAUCCGGGAUCUAGAAGAGCACAUACAACGCGGGAAACAUCGUUGGGGCGGCCACGUCAUCCGCAGUCAAGACGACCGCUGGUCCACGAGAUUAACACACUGGAUUUCGAGAAACAUCAAGCGCCCACUCGGGCGCCCACCGACUGAGUGGACGGACUACUUCCGCAAGAACAUCAGUCAGCCAGGCCGCCACUGGAUGGCCGUCGCGCAAAGACCGAGCCGCCUGGAGAACGUGUGGUCCACGCUGAGAACAUCAGCAAAGAUGGACCAUCAAAGUAUCAAAGUAAAAAGUAAGUAAUUGCCAAAGCCGGCCUACUUGCUUUCUUUCGCCAACUCGUUAGCCAUUUCUUGGAUCUUCUGCGUACUGGAUGCAAACAGCACGAUGUCAUCAGCAAAACGGAGGUGCGACAAAAGUUGUCCCGUUCACAGAGAAUCCAUAGUUCUGCCAGUCGAGGCCUUCGAAAAAUGUGCUCGAGGGUGGCGUUGA